AUGGGGUUACGACGCGACCAGAGACUCACAUUCAUCCUUAUCCUACUGGGGAUCCUCUUCUUCCUCUCGGUGCUGCUCUACAACGGAGGAGAUCACGUUGCGUCGGCAUACGUUAGGGCAAAACAAUGGCACCCCCAGCUGACCCUCUGCAGGAGCAAUGCCAACCCGCCAUCCCAUUUGAAAAUAUCUGGCGAUGGGACGGUCGAUAGGUCGCGGGUAUCCAGCAGUAGAGCAAGUGGCAUUGGACGCAGCGUCCUCGUGUCGACCAGGGACCCAACGACGAUUCCAUCCGUGACUAUACCUGGUGGGCAACAACGCGCGUUUGUGGACGGCUUCUCCAUGAUCGACCGGCUGUAUCUGAGGAAUGGCACAUUCUAUAUCGUGACCAAUGACCCGACCUUCCCCCCGCGCAAAGCAUUGAUAGGCAAACCAGUUGCAUUGUCCAAUGGAGUGGAUUCAGAGGCGACAGACAAGGAAAUGCAAUUCCUGUCACCGGAAGAGGCGCCUGGGGUCCUUGGAGACGUCGCAACCCUCAUCCCAGACGUCACGGUAUUCCUGUACGACUCCCCACAAUUCAUGCAUCAUUUCUAUCACUGGUGGGGUGAAAUCAUCCUCGGAAUGUGGAGGGUCUACUCGACGCUGGCACUUGACCACAAGCCGUCCAGUUUGGAUCCUGUCGGCUUUCCCCUCCCCUGGCCUACGCGGUUCGUGAUGCCGGCCGUCUCCGGAGCCGAGUGGCGAGACAGAGCAGGUAUCAUUGGCCCCACUAUGCGGGCGGCCUUCCCGCAAGCUUCAAUCGAAAAAGCCGAUUAUUGGAACGACCUCAUCAAAUUGGAUACGACAGUCGUAUUCGAGAGGAGUAUGAUCAUAAACCGAGACAAGGCUCACAAACAUCCCUUGUCCGGACGUUGGUUCAAGAUGGUCGGAGGGACGAUGGGUCUAACAGGUCCGGAGUUCUUCUGGGAACCACUCCGCCACUCCCUAGUUCGAAAUACCAUCGGAUACGUGCCCGUCGUCGACUCGAAAGGUCGGAUUCUGGCUUCUUCCCUCAAGCACACGCUUUCGUCGCCUUCCGAAUCAAUCACAGCACUGGAGGACGAUAUGGAAAGCCCAGAUGGGAGAUACGAUCUUCCUGUUGUGACCUACAUCUCCCGUCAAGGCUCCGGUCGCCGACUUGUUGCUGAAGACCACGAAUUGCUCGUCAAGUCGCUUAAGGACCUAGAGAAACAAGGGGUCUGCACCGUGCUCAUUCCGCAGAUGGAAAAGCUUAGCAUCCGUGAGCAGAUUGCGAUCAUCGCGAAGACAACGAUUCUGGUCGGAGUGCAUGGAAAUGGCCUAACGCAUCAAUUAAUCAUGCCUCCGUCGCUCCGUUCCGCGACCUUCGAGAUCAUGGAUCCUCCUUCGUACACCUUCGAUUAUGAGAUGCUCGCAAGAAACAUGGGCCACAAACACUAUGCAGUCCAUAAUGAUACAUUUUUGACUUAUCCGAGAGGGAAGACUCAUAAUAAAGUACAUUUUACAAAGGGGUUUCAUGGAGUCUCUAUCCCAGUAUACGGGCCAGCUGUCGCUGAUAUGAUUCGAAGGAGGCUGACCGAGCCCGAUGAUGCGGUGGAGGACUAA